AUGGCGCCCGACUCUGCUGAGAAGAAGAAAGCCAAACGAAACUCGCGGAAGCGAGCCCGAGUAGAGUCGGACCAGCAAAUUGCACGGCUGAACUCUCUUCCCUGGAGCUCGUCUCUCCCCGAAGGUAACGAUGGCAGAGGGGACGAUGGUUUUUCUCUCUUCAUCGGCUCUAACGACCUUGAAGGAGGAUUUCUUACCCUUGAAGAGAUUGAUGAAUCAGACUACGGGUUAGGAAUUCCUAGAAUUAAUUUGGAGAAUGAGAGACAGGAGUCGAAUCGGGGAAAUAAAUCAAAGAGGAUUAGGCAAAAUAAUGGUGAUGCAGAUGAAAGCUGUGGUGGUCAGCUUCAUUGUGAGAGUGAUGGUAAGGCCGAAGAAAGCAUUGGGGAGGAUGAGAAGAAGGAAGUGAGGCAGAAGAGCAAGAAGAAAAUUAAGAAUGUGAAGAAAAAGAAAAUGGACCGUCAGAAGAAUCGUGAGAAAAGUGAAUCGGAACAGACCGAAGAACCAGCUGCAGUAUUACGACAAAAAUAUGAUUCUGAAUAUCUGCUUUCAGCUUGCAAUGGAGAGAAUGAUGAUAAUGUUGAAGGCAAUUCAGCUGAUGAAGAAGAAUAUUAUGCAUGGAACGAUCUUAGACUUCAUCCGAAAAUUAUGAAAUCAAUAUACAGACUAAAGUUUAAAGAGCCUACUCCGAUCCAGAAAGCUUGUAUUCCUGCUGGUGCUCAUAAAGGGAAGGACGUGAUUGGUGCUGCAGAGACAGGAUCUGGUAAAACACUUGCUUUUGGCUUGCCAAUUAUACAACGUCUUCUGGAAGAACGAGAAAAAGUAGAGAGGCUCAUGGAAGAAAAAGGAGAGGCCAAUGAAAAGAUUGCGCCAAAAGGUGUUCUGCGUGCUCUCAUUGUUACCCCUACAAGGGAGCUCGCACUUCAGGUCACUGAUCAUCUGAAGGAAGUAGCAGUGGGCAUGGAUAUUAGGGUGGUUCCUAUUGUUGGUGGAAUAUCAACUGAGAAGCAGGAAAGGCUUUUGAAAGCACGGCCUGAAAUUGUUGUUGGAACACCGGGGCGACUAUGGGAACUCAUGUCAGGAGGAGAAAUUCACCUUUUGGAGCUUCACUCGUUGUCAUUUUUUGUGCUGGAUGAAGCCGACCGCAUGAUUGAAACUGGUCACUUUCGUGAACUGCAGUCCAUAAUUGACAUGCUUCCCAUGAACAGAGAAUCAUCUGAGAGCCAACCUCAGAAUACACAGAACUGUGUAACUGUUGCUAGCCUCCAAAGAAAGAAAAGGCAGACAUUUGUGUUUUCUGCAACUCUUGCCCUGUCUGCUGAUUUUCGUAAGAAGUUGAAGCAGGGAUCUGGUAAUUCGAAAAAAGAUGGGCUUAACUCGAUUGAGACUCUUUCAGAGAGAGCAGGAAUGAGACCGGAUGCUGCUAUAGUAGAUCUUACUAAUGCUUCAAUUUUAGCCAAGAAGCUGGUGGAAUCAAUUAUUGAGUGUAGGGAAGAAGAGAAGGAUGCCCAUUUGUAUUACUUACUAAGCGUACAUGGACAAGGACGAACAAUUGUUUUUUGUACUUCAAUAGCAGCUUUACGCCGCAUUUCGUCAUUAUUGCGUAUCCUCAAGAUAAAUGUGUGGACCCUUCACUCAGAAAUGCAGCAGCGGGCACGCCUAAAGUCUGUGGACCGUUUCCGUGCUAGUGAACAUGGAAUACUCAUCGCCACAGAUGCUGCCGCGCGAGGGCUUGACAUUCCUGGUGUCCGUACUGUUGUCCAUUAUCAGCUUCCACUUUCGGCUGAGGUAUAUGUUCAUAGAUGUGGAAGGACAGCUAGAGCCUCUACUGAUGGUUGCAGCAUUGCUCUUGUCUCGCCAAAUGAUGCGUCAAAAUUUGCAGCUCUGUGCAAGUCAUUUGCAAAGGAAAGUUUCCAGCGUUUUCCUGUUGAAGUAUCUUACAUGCCUGAGAUUAUGAAGAGAUCAUCUCUUGCACAUCAAAUAGACAAAAUUUUGCGGAAGGACUCCCAGGUGAAAGCUGAAAAGAGUUGGUUGGAAAGAAAUGCUGAAUCCAUUGAACUGGUUUUGGAGGACAAUGACAGUGAGGAGGAUAGAGUGAAGAAAUACAGGCAAAAUAAGAACAAAUCAAAUCAGCUGAACAAGUUGCAGCAGGAGCUCAACUCAUUACUUUCCAGGCCAUUGCAACCCAGAGCAUUUUCAAAACGAUAUUUGGCAGGGGCUGGUGUCACUCCAUUGCUUCAGCAUCAAUUUCAAGAACUAUCAAAACAGAAACUUGGAGGUGCAAGUAAUUUUGAUCCAAAUAAAAGGAGAAAAUUAGUGGUUAUUGGUCAAGAUUGCGUGGAGCCACUUGAGGCACUGAGAAAUGCAAGUAAUGAGGCGUGCUUGGAUCUGAAAGAGAUAGCAGAAAAGCAAAAGAAUUCAGACAGCUUGAGAAGGAAAAGAAAAGAGAUGAAAAAACGUUUGCAUGAGCAAAGGCGGAAACACAGGAAGAAGAUGAAACAAAGAGAAGGUUAG